CGUGUUCGGGGGCUAAUGUGGGCCUGGAGUCUCAUUAGAGUCCUGCUCGUGCAGGACGGCAAGCGUGACUUGCGUGUUUUAUCCUCUUCGAAGGGAAGAGGAUUUAGCGCUCUGUGUCCUCGGCGGCACGAUGCGUGCUGCUUCAUUCUGGCCGGCGCCGCGAUCGGGGAGGGAAGGUCACACAAUCUGGCGCUCCUCCGCAGGGCUCUGAAUGACGCGCGGUGCAUCGUUUCUCAGAGCCGAAGGGCCUACAGGAUAUUACCCAUCUCCUCCACGAUGCCCCAUACUAAGCCUCAGGAUAUGGGCUCUGCCUUCAUCCAGACUCAGCAGCUCAAUGCUGCCAUGGCAGACACCUUCUUGGAGCACAUGUGUCUGCUGGAUAUCGACUCUGAGCCCACCAUCGCCCGCAACACUGGAAUCAUCUGCACCAUCGGGCCGGCCUCUCGCUCUGUGGAUACGCUGAAGGAGAUGAUCAAGUCUGGAAUGAACAUUGCUCGUCUCAACUUCUCUCACGGCUCGCAUGAGUAUCACGGUGAAACUAUUAAAAAUGUACGUGAAGCGUGUGCCAGCUUCGAGCCGGGCAGCAUCCAGUACAGGCCAGUGGGCAUCGCUCUAGACACCAAGGGACCAGAAAUCCGAACCGGACUCAUUAAAGGGAGCGGCACGGCUGAGGUCGAGCUGAAGAAGGGGAAUAAGAUCAAAGUGACCUUAGACGAUUCUUUCAUGGAGAACUGUGACGAGGAUACGCUCUGGCUGGACUACAAGAACAUCACCAAAGUGGUUGAAGUGGGCAGCAAGGUCUAUAUUGAUGAUGGACUCAUUUCUCUCCAGGUCCAGGAGAUCGGUUCUGACUAUCUGCUGUGUGAAAUUGAGAACGGAGGAACUCUGGGUAGUAAGAAGGGUGUCAAUCUGCCGGGUGCCGCGGUCGACCUGCCCGCCGUCUCCGCGAAAGACGUCAAGGACCUGCAGUUCGGCGUGCAGAUGGGAGUCGACAUGAUCUUUGCCUCUUUCAUCCGCAAGGCAGCUGAUGUGCACGAGGUGCGCAAAGUGCUGGGAGAGAAGGGCAAGAACAUCAAGAUCAUCAGCAAGCUGGAGAACCACGAGGGCGUGCGCAGGUUUGAUGAGAUCAUGGAGGCCAGUGAUGGCAUCAUGGUCGCUCGAGGAGACCUUGGUAUUGAAAUCCCCACAGAAAAGGUCUUUCUGGCCCAGAAGAUGAUGAUUGGUCGCUGCAACAAAGCAGGAAAGCCAAUCAUCUGUGCCACUCAGAUGUUGGAGAGCAUGAUCAAGAAGCCUCGCCCCACGCGUGCCGAGGGCAGCGACGUGGCCAACGCCGUUCUGGACGGAGCCGACUGCAUCAUGCUGAGCGGAGAGACGGCUAAAGGAGACUAUCCUCUGGAGGCCGUCCGCACCCAGCACAUGAUCGCCCGAGAGGCCGAGGCGGCCAUGUUCCACAGGCAGCUGUUCGAGGAGCUGCGGCGCUCCACCCGUCUGACCCACGACCCUUCAGACGCUGUAGCUGUGGGCGCCGUCGAGUCCUCCUUCAAAUGCUGCGCCAGCGCCCUUAUUGUGCUCACCAAGACCGGCAGGUCCGCUCACCUGAUCUCCCGGUAUCGCCCGCGUGCCCCGAUCAUCGCCGUGACCCGUAACGAGCAGACGGCCCGACAGGCUCAUCUGUACCGCGGCAUCUUCCCCGUGCUCUACAACAAGGCUUCCAACGACGUGUGGGCCGAGGACGUGGACCUCAGGGUCAAUUUUGCCAUGGAUGUCGGUAAGGCUCGUGGGUUCUUCAAGCCCGGUGAUGUGGUGAUCGUCCUGACCGGUUGGCGUCCAGGCUCUGGUUACACUAACACCAUGCGUGUCGUCCCGGUGCAGUAAACAGGACUCCCGCUCUUCAUACAUCACUCCCUUCCUUCAUCAUCUUCAUCUUCAUCACACGAGCCUGGCUCCCGGCCAGUGGACCACCGUCACUUAGACAUUUGUUCUCACUGCUUUCACUUCCUCCCGAGUCUCGAGCGUAAUCUCCCACCCGUUUCUCCCGGGCUGUCUGUCGGUGUGCAUGCUUGUGAAGCCUUUGAACAAACAGCAGCUUCCUGAAGCGAGCGUGCGGCGGAGGGCUCAGGCGUACUGUAACUCUCCCGUUAGUUUUAUUUGUAGUGUUUAGUCUGUCGUGUGCUUUAUUUGUGUUCACUCUCCUAAUGAUGUUACAUUCUUUGUUGCACUUGUCCAUGAGACCAUUUGAUUUGGGACGGGGCGACCAAUGUGCUAUAUAUUUUUUUUGAAAUGUUAACAUUGGGAUGCCUCGUCCGGCUCAUUUCAGUGUGAGUUAGAGAACGACAGAGUUUCUGAUUGAGCAGCGUCGGUCACAUUCCCAGCAUCCAUCGGUCCUGUCCUUCCCCUCACGACGCACUUGUUUGUCUCUGCUGCUCCUGAGUGUGUGUGUGUGUGUGUGUGUGUGUGUGUGAGCGAGUGUGUGUUCAGAUCUACCUGCUUUGUGUCGCUAGAGUGCAAGAUGAACUUAUAACUGUAAGAGUAAACUAUAGUAUCAUUCUGAAGUGUUGUAUUAUUCAAGACUGAAUUAAUAAAGGAGAUAAGCACCUGA